AUGUAUUAUUAUAAAACUCUGAAAGAGAAACUUAUCAGUGAACUCAAAGUACAAUCAUCACUGGCAUUUACAACUGACACUUGGACCUCCUGCGCAACUGAGGGAUAUCUCACACUGACAGUUCACUACAUUGAUGAGACUUGGCAUUUGAAACACUUUGUAUUGUCAACAAUUGAAGUAAAAGAUCAUCACACUGGAGACCAUCUUGCUGAUGUCAUUAUAGAUAUUUGUAGGGAUUUCCAAAUCACUGAUGUACAUGUGUCUGGCAUUACAACUGAUAAUGCCAGCAAUGACAACAAAGCUGACAUGGCAACACAUCAGGUGUUUCGCACACACACACUUCAGCUCUCUGUUAAAGCAGGACUUAAGGUGAAGGGCAUUGCCUCUGCAGCAGCUGCUGCUAGGAUGCUUGUAGGUCACUUCAAAAAAUCAACUCUGGCAGCAAAUGACCUCAGGGCUAGGCAAAAGCAGCUAGGUCUGCCACACCACUCACUUCUUCAGGAUUUCGCCACAAGGUGGAAUUCAACUUUCUUUAUGUUCGAGAGGCUCAUCGAGCAGGGGCUAGCUGUGUUUGCUGUCCUACACAACCCAGCAGUCACUAGCCUUUCUGACGCUCGUCGGUUUGAGUUGUCAGAUGAUGUAUGGAGAACGAUUGAAGAAAUCACUCCUGUCCUGAAACCGCUUCAAAUUGCCACCACCACCAUGAGUGGAAGCAAUUCCCCCACAUUAAGUCUGGUGUACCCUAUUGUCUUGGGACUUUUGACAAAACAUCUGAUUGUAGGGGAUGGAGACAGUGUUAAGCUAAUACAGUUUAAGCAAGCUGUUAGCCAGGACCUGUCCUCCGGAUUCCCUGCAAAUGAUGAUCUUUGUCGCCACCCCGCUGUCCUUACUUGUGCCUUGGAUCCAAGGUACAAGUCUCUCAGGUUUCUAUCCGAAGACCAAAGGCAAAUGGUGAGAGAUAGUAUCAUCCAAUUGGAAGACCCAGAUAACACCAAUACUACCACAAAUGACCGUACGGUUGAUCCUGAGGCUUUUCCUGUGCAUGUUAAACAGGAACAUGAAAUAAGUGCAAUUCAGUUUCUUUGUGGUGACCUGAUAGAUCUCACUGAGGAAGUGAGCAGUCCCUCAUCUUCAUUCUCGCUGGAGUACGAUACCUUCCUAAAGGAGAUUGUUAGCGGUGCCACUGAUCCACUUGACUUGUGGAAGGUCCAUCAUACCUCCUACCCCCGUUUGGCCAGACUUACCAAGCUAUAUCUAUCCAUUCCUGGGACGUCUGUUCCAUCAGAAAGAGUGGUUUCAGACACUGGCAAUCUUGUCACUAAACGAAGAGCCAGUCUCAUUUUUCUCAAAGGGGUCCUGAAAUUGGAUUAUUCAGAAAAUGACACCCAGUCUAGUGAAACAGUGCCCACUCCUGCCAAACAAAUUAAGUUGGAACCUCAGGAACCAGUAGCUUUGCCACCUCUUCCGCAACUUGAAAUUAUAGAAGAGUAUCUAGGGGAUGGAGACCAUGCUGUACCUGAUCCACCAUUACCAUCUCUUAAAGGCUUAUGA